AUGCCUACCGUUGUUGGCCUUCGAGGAGAAGCCUGUGUCUCAAAGUCUGUUGGAAGUACGAUUGGCACCGGGUACCAUCGUGACGACCGAGAAGCGUGUAAUUCGCGCACGCUUCUCGUACAACACCGGGUGUUUGUGGAAGAACUUCUCGUCCUGGACUUGGACGACAAGUUCGACAUGGUGUUGGCCAUGCCGUGGCUUACAGGGGAUGAUCCUAUUAUCGACUGGGAGAAGCGUACGGCCUUACGCUUCGGACACCGCGGUGCAACAGAAGCGAUGCCCCUGUUAGCGCAGCGGAUGUACCAUUAG